CUCUCUUUCACCAUCUUAUUAUUAUUAUCUCUCUAUAUAUACUCGAUUCUCUUCUAUCUACCUAUACUAAACUCGGCCCUCAGCAGAAACAUAUUUAUAUAACAUAUACACUCUCAAAUCCAACAUGAAAACCCUAAGGACCAUAUUUCUUGUACUAGCCAUGCUUAUGGCUUUAACCAUUAGUGCUGAUCUCACAGCAACAGCAGACCAAGUAGAACCAACAUCAUCAGGUGGUGACGAAAUAAGCCCUACGUAUGAGACGUGGACUAACUCUCUGAGAGGGACAAGUCGUUUCCUUGCUUCCCGGCGGCCAGUGACAUGCGAUAAGUAUCCCAAGGUGUGCCUCGCCAAAGGCAGCUCCGGCCCGGAUUGCUGCAAGAAGAAAUGCGUUGACUUGACAGCGGACAGAGUCAACUGCGGACGGUGUGGGAAGAAAUGCAAGUUCUCGGAGUUAUGCUGCAAAGGGAAGUGUGUGAAACCAAGGUCGGACAGGAAGAACUGUGGGAGUUGUAAUAACAGGUGCAACAAAGGGAGUUCAUGCGUGUAUGGAAUGUGUAGCUACGCAUAGCCAGAAAAGAAGAUCAUAACUAUAUAUCUAUAUAAAAUAUUAGUCAAUUAUAUUUUGUGUUAUAUAUAUAGAAGAUUUGUAUUGUAGUAAUAAAGGCGAGCGCUGUCAUAUGUUACUUAGAAUUAAAUUGACUGGCUAGCUAGCUCGCUCAUGUUUAUUGUUUGGUUAAACUUUUUAUUGUUGUAUUAAUUCUUUCCGUUGGUUUGUGUAGUUAAUAACAAAUGUUGAAUAUGUAUUGUUCUUAAUAUAAAUACGUUAUGGUUUUGUUGUA